CAUCAUAUAUGGACUCCAGAGGAAAGGUCAUGGAAGAGAAGGAAGGCGGAGAGGUUCGAUACCGGGGCGUGCGGAAGCGGCCGUGGGGCAAGUAUGCCGCUGAGAUUCGCGACUCAAACAGGCACGGUGCACGGGUUUGGCUUGGGACUUUUAACACGGCUGAAGAGGCAGCUAGAGCUUAUGAUCAAGCUGCUUAUGCCAUGAGGGGUGGCUUGGCCAUUUUGAAUUUUCCUACUGAGUACCCAGCAAGUGGUGGCUCUUCCUCUUCAUCGUCUUCGGCUAAUUUUUCAUCAUCAGUGGCUGGGACUAGCCAGGGGAGAGGUCGUGGGGAGCAUGGAAAUGAAGUUCUUGAGUUAGAGUACUUGGAUGAUAAGUUGCUAGAGGAACUGCUUGAUUGUGAUCACCAAAAGAAGAACAAAAAAUAGUGAGGUUGGUAUCCCUUUUUGGCUUAAUAAGCAGCUAUCCACCGUCUAUUUCUGCAAGGCACAUCGCAAGGUCAAUGAUGCUCUUAUCUUUCUUUGUUGAUAUGUAACUAGAUUCUGAUAAUCACCUUUUGCCUGCGUGUGUUUUUUCAAUGAAGAAUCUAGCAAAAGUGUUGUGUGUUGUUAAGCUUUUUAAGAUAUGGUGAUUUUCCUUCUACAAAAGUAUGAUCUGCGCACAACGCAGAAAAUACAUUGUGAGUAGUAGUUGUAUGUAUGCACCUUUAAUUUUCAGGGGUUGGUAAUUUUUGACACUGACUCCAAUUUAAUAAGAAGAAGAGGAUGAUUACUGGAUC